UCGAACAUCAAGAGGUAUCGAUAUUAUCGUCGGUAUAGUGAAUAUUUCGGCGCAUAUAUUUUCUGUUGAGUGGAACGCACGUACGCACGCCUUUGGACUAGCAACGAUGACAAACCAGAAAAUAGCACUGAUCAGCGUCUCGGACAAGACGGGCCUGCUGGAGCUGGGCAAGCAGUUGGUAGCUCUGGACUUUCAACUUGUGGCCAGCGGCGGCACAGCAACUGCGCUGCGCGGCGCUGGCCUGAGCGUCAAGGAGGUCUCCGAUAUAACGGGUGCACCCGAAAUGCUGGGCGGUCGCGUCAAGACGCUGCAUCCUGCCGUGCAUGCGGGCAUAUUGUCGCGGAUCACUAACAGUGAUCUGGCCGAUAUGAAAAAACAGCAGUACGAUCUCAUCCAGCUUGUGGUCAGCAAUCUGUAUCCGUUUACCAGCACCAUAGCUAAACCAGGUGUCAGCGUGGCCGAAGCCGUUGAGAACAUUGAUAUUGGUGGCGUGACUUUGUUGCGUGCCGCAGCCAAGAAUCAUCAGCGUGUCACUGUUAUAUGUGAGGCCGUCGACUAUGCCAAGGUUUUGGCUGAGAUUAGUGCCAAUGGCGAUACCACGCUGGAGACGCGUCAGGCUUUGGCACUUAAGGCUUUUACGCACACGGCCAACUAUGACGAAGCCAUCUCUGAUUACUUUAGAAAGCAAUAUGGUGCAGGCAGCUCGCAAUUAAAUCUACGCUACGGCAUGAAUCCUCACCAGAAACCGGCGCAGCUGUACACACAGUUGGCCCAAUUGCCGCUACGCGUGGUGAAUGGCUCGCCCGGCUUUAUCAAUCUCUGCGACGCGCUCAAUGGCUGGCAAUUGGUCAGGGAAUUGAAGCAGGCACUGCAGUUGCCGGCAGCCACUAGCUUUAAGCAUGUCUCGCCUGCUGGCGCCGCUGUGGGCGUGCCGCUCAAUCCCGCCCAAGCUAAGCUCUGCAUGGUAGACGAUCUGUUCGAGCAGCUGACGCCCUUGGCCACGGCAUAUGCACGUGCACGUGGUGCCGAUCGCAUGAGCUCCUUUGGUGACUUUGUGGCCUUGUCCGAUGUUUGUGACGCGGUAACGGCCAAGAUCAUUUCGCGUGAGGUUUCCGAUGGGAUCAUUGCUCCCGGCUAUGAGCCGGAGGCAUUGAACAUACUCAAAAAGAAGAAGAACGGAAACUAUUGUGUUCUGCAGAUGGAUAGCAACUACGAGCCGAGCGCUUUGGAGCGUAAGACUAUUUUUGGCCUCACCCUAGAACAAAACCGCAACGAUGCCAUCAUUGAUGCAAAGCUCUUCUCCAAUGUGGUCAGCAAACGCAGGCCGCUGCCCGAGUCCGCUGUGCGGGAUCUGAUUGUUGCCACCAUUGCCCUAAAAUAUACCCAGAGCAAUUCCGUGUGCUAUGCACGCGAUGGUCAGGUGAUUGGCAUCGGUGCUGGCCAGCAGUCGCGCAUCCAUUGCACACGUCUGGCUGGCGAGAAGGCGGACAACUGGUGGCUGCGCCAGCAUCCCAAUGUGGCCGCGAUGAAGUUCAAGGCGGGCGUGAAGCGUGCGGAGAUUUCCAAUGCCAUUGACAACUAUGUGAAUGGUACCGUCGGCAAGGAUAUGCCAGUGGCGCAAUUUAAGAGCAUGUUCGAAACGGUACCAGAAGAGCUGACGACAGAGCAGAAAUUGGACUGGCUGAAGCAAUUGAGUGGCGUGGCCCUCGGCUCUGAUGCAUUCUUUCCCUUCCGCGACAACAUUGAUCGCGCUAAGCUUAGCGGCGUCUCCUACGUAGGCAGUCCGUCGGGCUCCACCAACGAUGUAGGCGUCAUUGCCGCCUGUGAUGAGCAUGGCAUUAUUAUGGCGCACACCAAUCUGCGUCUCUUCCAUCAUUAACUCGCACUUCAUGAAUCAAUACAAUUUAUAUGUGACCUUAGCCACAGCACAUUCCUGUAACCUGAGCAAUAAAAGACACUUGCCUUAGUUAGUUAAA